AUAAAUAACAUCGUUUGUGCAUUUUUUUGUAGCUUUACCGACCCUAUAGGACAAUUAGUUGCUCGUAGGAACUAAGAAAUGAGCAGUUUGCGACCAAGAGGCUAACUAAGGAUAGCUUAGCUAACGUUAACUGCGUUGUUGUUAACGUAUUAUUAUCACUUUCUACCAUCAUAAAGAAAUAAAAUGGCCACCGUGGAAUCUAAUCGAGUUGAAACAUGUACUCCAUCCAGCAAAAAAACAUUGGGGAAAUACAAGUGUUCUCAAUGCAGUGAGGUCUUUUCCAAGCCAGGUGUCUUGAGACGCCACUUCAAAAGCAUCCACAGUGGACAACAUGAUCCUGAAGGCCCCCUCCCCUGCAGUGAACAAGGCUGCCACUUCAGCAACACAGGACGUCAGGAAUAUCAAGCCCACCAUGGUCUAUCUCUUAUUCCUUGCACAUUCAAGGCUUGCAAAUACUCAUUCCUCACACAUGAGGAGAUGGAGAGACACUCGCAGGGCCACAUGCCCUUCGGCUGCUUUCAGUGUCAGUUUGUAACGUUCAAUUUAAAAGACCUGAGGGACCACCUCCCGGAGCAUUUCCCACCUAACGCUCAAGGUAAAGACACUUCAGCAACUACUGUAUGCACUAAAGAAAGCCACAAGCCCCAAAUAUCAAGCAGGUCAAAAAGGAAACUGAUAUCCGACCCAUCUUAUGAAUCAUCAAUACCAGAUGACAUGAAUAAAGAACAGUCUGAGAGGCAAAGGCAAAAUAUGAAAAGACUGAGAAAAGCAGUGAAAAGAGACAAACCUUCAACAGUGGACGCUGAAGCAACUCCAUCCAAAGAGUACCUUGCGGAGGGAUCAGAGCGCACCUAUCGCACCCACACCUGCCCCAAGUGUCGUCGCUGCUUCAAGAUGCGCUCCCACCUGCAGGAGCACCUGCAUUUACACUUUCCUGACCCCAGCCUCCAGUGUCCCACCUGCAAGCGUUACUUCACCAGCAAGAGCAAGCUUCGCAUACAUCGACUCCGUGAGGCAGGUGAGAAGCUUCACCGUUGCCACUUGUGUGAAUAUUCUGCAGUGGAGCGGAAUGCAAUCCGGCGCCACCUUGCCAGCGUGCAUGCUGAUGAGGCAGAAGGCGUGAGUGAUAUCUAUCCCUGCCCCACCUGUAGUCAGCGCUUUCACCAGAGCAGGGUGCUCAAGGCCCACAUGAAGACACACAACAUCCUAUCAGACAGCAAGCCAGUGGCCUGCUUCCAAGAGGGGUGUUCUUUCCAGAGCUCUUCGCCCAAAGACCUUCUUAAACACUCUGCCGAGGUGCACGGAGUCAAGGUUGUAGAGUGUCGUCAUCACGCCUGCGGUGCCAUCUUUCAAAGUGACACAGGCAUGGAGGCUCACUAUCAGACGCACCUGGCCUACCACUGCUCACAGUGUGACUUCUCUUGUUCCAAUAAGACUGUCUUCCUCCAGCACCAGAGGAAUGGUCACCCAGGAAACGACCGGCUUUGCUGUGACUUUUGCUCCUUCGUCACAUUCAACCCCGUGGAGUUUGAGCAGCACGUUGGACAUUUGCAUGCCAACGAGAAGAUCCAUCGCUGCUCUCAGUGCAGCUACGUGACCUCGCAUAAAAGGGGCUUGAAGAGACACAUGCUGAUGCACAGUGGUGAGAAGCCCCACAAGUGUAGCCAGUGUGACUUCAGGUGCAGAGACGAGUCCUACCUCUCUAAACAUAUGCUCACUCACUCAGAAGACAAGAACUUUAUGUGCGCCGAAUGUGGAUACGUCACUAAAUGGAAACACUAUCUGAAUGUCCAUAUGAGGAAACAUGCUGGAGACCUCAGGUAUCAGUGUGACCAGUGCUCCUACCGUUGUCACCGCAUGGAUCAACUCAAUAGCCACAAGUUACGACAUCAGGCCAAAUCACUCAUGUGUGAGAUCUGUGCUUACGCCUGCAAGCGCAAAUAUGAGCUUCAAAAUCACAUGUUGGCCAAACACUCUGGAGGGGAGAAACAGCCAUCCGUCUAUGAGUGCAAGUACUGCACAUACACUACCUGCUACAGGCAAGCCCUUCAGAACCAUGAGAACUGCAAACACACCAAGCUGAAAGAGUUCCGCUGUGCGCUCUGCUUCUAUUCCUCCUUCAGUAGCAUCAGCCUCUUCCUGCACAAGAGGAAAGCUCAUGGAUACGUGCCUGGGGACAAAGCAUGGCUGGAGAACUACGCUGCAAAGGAGAAAGAGAGGAAUUCUACCGAGUUCUUGCAGGACUUUUACAAUAAACCCUCAACAGCCAAUGAGCAGUCUGAACCAUCCACCUCUGAAGGACAUCCACCUUCUGAAACAGAACAAUCCGAUAUUCCUAACUCAGCAUAUCACAAUGAAUCCGUAGUUGGUACACAAACUGUGGAUUGUGUGGAUGUUUUCGAUGUUGUUUCUCAAAAGGUUGUCAAUGACGGUGUUUCAGACAAUCCUCCAUCUGGGAACGAUCCUGAGGAGUACUGUACUCUUGUUUUAACAACACUCUCAACGGCUGACUAUCAGAACCACUCUUUGCAAAAUCAAGAAGACAGAUGUGCAAAGAAAACCCCAAGCUUGUCCAAUUUAAACUCCAAUGUCUCUGACACAUCCCAAGAGAAAGCAUACGUCUCUACAUCUUCCUCAGAGGAAGACAAUGUAUCUAUGGCAGAUGCAGAAUGUGAACAAAGUGACUUAGACGAGAAUGAUACAAGUCAACCAGUUGAACCUGGGGGGUGUCAAACACCUGAGGUGGAGAAUGAAGGUGGACCAAUGAGUUCCACGUAUCCAGCUGAACAAAAUCAGCCAUUAGAAUCUGAGAUCCGUCUAAAAGCUAUGAAGAAGCAUGACAAGGACCAGGCAGAGGCCAUGGUUCUUGAGGGACGGGUGCAGAUGCUUGUUGUGCCAACUGAAGACGUUUAUCGUUGCGACAAAUGCUCUUAUGUAACCAGUAAGAAGACCGCUUUGAAGUACCACUGCCAAGCUUUGUGUAAAGGUAGGAUAAAGGGACACAAAUGCCAAGCCUGUGGUGCACAGUUUAAACAGAGGCGAGGCCUUGAUAGCCACCUUGCAAAAAAGUGCCCAGCCAUUCCACGAAAAACAAGGACAUUUGUAGGAAAUUCAAAUAAAGCAGAAGACAACUCUACUCUAGGCCAGGAGGGAUCCAAAAAACUAGAUGAGGAAACAAAUUCCAAUCAGACAGAGCUUCUAUUUUCGCAAAAUAGUCUUUCCUCGGAUUCAAGCGAUCAGGAAUUUGAUCAGCAAGAACAAGAAGAUUCAUCCAGUGAAUCAGGACAGCAGCAAAGCACAAUUCUGAAAAAAAAGCUUUUGAAAGUUAAACUUUCAAACAAGUUUUCUAAUAACAAACAAAGAAAUGUCCAACUGCCGAAGUCCCUUUUGGCUAAAAAAGAUGGGAAAUUUGAAUGCAAGCUGUGCACUUUUUCAUCAGUCAGGCUUGCAACAGUCGAACGGCACCUGUCAACCUGCAGAAAAAUCAUGAGUCAGAUCAUUCCAGAAGUGGAGGAUGAGGGUUCUAGCAAGUCGUUCAAAGGAAAAGAGGAGUUGGCGGAAGACCAUAAUGGCAGAACUGGGAAAGUUUCUGAGAAACAUCCAAUCUUCUCUUGUCCAAGCUGCGCAUUUAAGUGCAAUCAGAAAAGGGCAUUAGACAGUCAUAAAAAGAGAGGCUGCCUGAAGCCAGACAAAGUCCAAUGCGCCAUGUGUUCAUUUGUAGCCAAAUCUCAAUUGUCUAUGACCCGUCACAUCCUGUAUGCCCAUGACAAAAAGAAGAGUGGUGGUGCUAAACGUUUGCAAUGUCAGCAGUGCACCUUCACCUGUAAACAGGACCGAUGCAUGACGCAGCAUAUUGCGCUCAAACACAAAGGUGCACAACCCCACCAAUGCCGGUUUUGUCCUUUUAGCACCACAAGGCGCUAUCGCUUGGAAGAGCACGAGUCUCUUCACACAGGAAUCGGCCGUCACAGCUGCGAUAUGUGCGACAAAACCUUUGGGGCUGUGACCAAAUUGCGCCAGCACAAGAUGCGCAUCCACGACAAGCAGCCGACACACUUCUGCUCACUCUGUGACCUCAGUGGCUACACGCUUGAUGAUGUAAGACGUCACAAUCUCAGGUGCCACACGGGGGAGCUUCGCCACGCUUGCACUCAUUGUGAUGCUCAGUUUAGUACAGAGGCUGCAUUAAGAAACCACUGUAAACGUGCGCACCAGCUCCAGGUUAGUUUUGCAUGUAAGCAGUGUGACUACACAUGUGGAAGUGAAGUCACAUUGAAGACUCACCAAGAGAGCAAUCACCUUCAGGUGAAGUGCAACACCUGUAAGGAGUCUUUUCAAACAAAGGAGAGCCUUGUGAUACAUCAAAGAAGCCACCUGGCACAUCAGUGUCAGUUGUGUCCCUUUGCUUCCAAAACAAGGCAGCUGCUGGCACAACACCUUCUGAGCGAACACGAGGACGGAUCUCCGGAGGACAAGCCUCUCAAGUGCAGCUCGUGUCAGUUUGCUUGUCGGCAUCAGCUGGUGUUAGAGCAGCACCUCCGCUCACAUGGAGGCAAGCGCCUGUACAAAUGCACAGACUGCGAGUAUUCAACAAGAAACAAGCAGAAGAUCACGUGGCACAUUCGCAUACACACUGGAGAGAAGCCGUACAGCUGUGAGCAGUGCAGUUACACCUGUACUGAUCCGUCUAGAUUGAAGCUUCACAUGCGGGUUCACCAAGAAGAGAAGAAGUACCUUUGUCCAGAGUGCGGCUACAAAUGCAAAUGGGCGACUCAGCUGAAGUACCACAUGACCAAGCACACAGGGGACAAGCCUUACACCUGUGAUGAGUGUGACUACCGCACUAACCGAGCGGAUGCUCUCCGUGCUCACAGGGACACACAGCACUGCGACCUAAGGCCCUAUGUCUGCGAGAAAUGUGGCAAAGCUUUCAAGACUAGCUUUAUCCUGAAAACCCACCAGCGCCAACACAGUGACGAUCGGCCUUACACGUGCGGCUUGUGCCAGAAGGCCUUCCGGUGGCCAGCAGGUCUCAGACAUCACUAUCUCUCACACACCAAUCAGCAGCCUUUCAGCUGCCGCCACUGCUCCUACAAAGCCAAACAGAGGUUCCAGGUGGUCAAACAUUUGCAGAGGCACCAUCCGGAUAUGCCAGUGGAGCAGGGGGUGGAGAGGGACUCUGGAGCAGUAAGCCUAACCAUUAAGGAGGCCUUGCAGGGGACACUGGAUGAGAAAGUAAAACAAUUGGUGGAAGAAAAAGAAACAACCGACACGGAACAGGAAGUAGAUGAGGAGGUUUUACAGAGAAAGAAACACAGUGAGACAAAAUGCUGAUGAGAGGGCACAAAAGAUGGAGUUGUCAUGUGAGGUCACUACCAACAAAAUGAACAGCGACAUAACUGUCAUACUGUACAAGGCUAAUAAAACACAUCAUUACAAAAUAUAUAGGCAGUCAGUAGAUAUGGUCACCGUGACGUGUGAUGAUUGGUUUGUGAACUACUGUUUUGAAACUCCAGGUUUGCCUUUCGCAUUUUUUUUUUUUGUGCCAAGAGUGACCAUAUUUGGAUAAGAGAGUGGAGCUGGGGAGGCAUACCCAUUGUUACGCUUUAUCAUGAUUGGACCGUCACCCUAGUAGUGGUUUGUCAAUCACAAGGUAACACCGCCCUAAAACACACACUGUGUCUUGUUUGUUUUACUCUAAAUAUGAUCCUCAUUUACCAAAUACACAUGGUGUAUUGAAGAAGACUUGAAAUUGAAAUCCAUUGAAUGCUUUCUGAGGAAAUAAAUCAAGUGAGAAGUAGAGCCAUUUUCGCAUAGACUUCUAUACAAUUACACU